GAUCAAUCAGUUGUUAUUUCUGCUGAAAUGAUAUUGUAAAUUUAACGGAGUACGUCAAGUUUACAUGACUAAGAAUUUAGUAAUGAAUGAAAAUUUCCUGAAAGUUAUUCAUUAAUAACAAAUAAAGUAACUAACGAGACAUUACGGACUGAAUUCAUAAACAUUCAGAAUCUUCCGUGAUACGGUUGGUAAAAGUUUGGAAGGCAAAUAUUCAAAAGUUAUUGUCUGUUGGAAUGCCGCGGCGGGCACCAGAUAUUGUUCAGUUGUCUUUACACCCGAAGAAGAAAGUUAAGACUUUAGAGGAUGAAACCUCCAGUCUGGACGUGAGUUUCUGUGACGACGAGGCAUUACCGCCGGGUAUUGUAUUCACAGACAUUCAGCUCAAGAAAUGGCGGAUCGGGAAGCCCAUUGGUAGAGGAAGUUUUGGUAGGAUUUACUUAGCAUCAGAUGACGUAGACAACGAGGUGACCAAAUUCAAUGCAAGAUAUGUGGUUAAAAUUGAACCACACACCAAUGGUCCCUUGUUUGUUGAAAUACAUUGCCUUAUUAGAACUGCCCAAGCUGCUAAAGUUAAAUCAUGGAGAUUAGAAAAAAAGCAAAAACGUCUCGGCAUGCCGGUGUACAUUGCUAACGGAUCGUUCACAGACGAGAACAGCGGUGUGAAAUAUAGAUUCCUAGUCCUACCUCGCUACGACGUUGACCUACACAAGAUCAUAAGCAGGACACGCGUUCUCGACUUGAAAAACGUCCUCAUACUGGCCAUACAAAUACUAGACGUUCUAGAGUACCUUCAUCAUCAAGGGUACACUCAUUCUGAUAUAAAAAGCUCCAAUCUAAUGUUAGGUUUUGACGGCACGAGAAUCGGUAAAAUACCGGUAUUAAAAUCGACCCCCUCUUACCAGAAGGAAACGAAAGAAGUGGCAGUUCUCUCCGGAAAGCACAGACGGGCUAAACCGGGUAAAUCUAGGAAUUCGAAUUAUUAUGACGAUGAGGACUUUAAAAUCAGCUACAGAAGUCCUAAUCAGUCGGACGAGGAGAGCGACAGAAAGCUGACUACAGUGAAGAAUAAACUUCGGAAGAUACUCUCGGAUAGAGAUAGUAGGACUCUACAUAGGCACCACGCGUUCAAUCUCCGUCAGCUGUCGAGCUAUGUCAACUACGAGGACAUGAACAGUUCGGUUUGUUCGGAUCAGUCGUACCAGAAGCUGAUAGAUGACUUCGGUAACAAAAACCUGAUACGCACCACAAAGGAGUUUCGUGAAACUAAAAAGAAUAAUAAUGCUAGAUUGAAAGCGGGUAGUAACUGUAAUGAAGCCGACGAAAUAUACCAAGAAGCUGUUUUGUCACAAUCAAACGGCCUUAUUUACCUGUUGGAUUUUGGUUUGGCCUCGAAGUUCUUGGACUCUGACGGAAAGCACAAAGACUUUGGAAUGGACGCUAGAAAAGCCCAUGACGGUACUUUGGAGUACAGCUCUAGAGACUCCCAUAUCGGAGCUCAUUCUAGGAGGUCUGACCUCGAAACGCUUGGAUACAAUUUACUCGACUGGUUAACCGGGACCUUACCUUGGAAAACGUCUGAAGUUCUGGCUGAACCGGAUCUAGUUCAUGCCUUGAAAAAGAAUUUCAUGGGCGACAUAAAGUUGCUGCUCAAAACUUGCUUCAAAACUGAAUUCUACCCUCAGUUCAUGGAGAAAUAUUUAGAAUACGUUACUAGUUUAGAUUUCCCCGAGAAGCCGGAUUAUGAUUACUGUAGAAGUUUAUUCAGGAGUGAACUGCUGAAAAAUGGAUGCUCAGAAAAGGAGAGCCUCAAUUUUAUAGAACUCUCAAUGUCGCCUAUGAACAGAAAGCUCAGUUACACCAAAAAGUUUGGUCGGAAAAACACGCCACCCAACUUUCUGGCGCGGAAUGGCAUAAAAAAACCGCACGAGCGCGAAAAUGUUUGGUCGUUAGAAAAUGACUUGAAAUUAGAACUUUUAAGGCAAACUUUGAACUCGUCGCGUGACGGCGUACGGAAGCCGUGUACGUCUAGGAACUUUUUCGUCUCGGACGCGGACUUAGUGGCCCGACUCAGAAAAUCGCUGAUGCCCCACGACAUAUUCGGGAAGAAGUUAUCACCGAAAAAUUUGAGAUCGAAAAAGAAGAUAGUACAGAAACGCAAAGGCCGACACAGGAAUAGUAUUGGCAAAUUUGGAAACUUCAUGGGAUCCGCCAGGCAAUUCUCUUGGGCCGAAGUACUAGCAGGUAACCCUGAAGACAUAAUAAGAGCGAAAGAGAGAACAGUAGCCGAGGAAUUUGACGACGACAGCACAUGCAAAUAUAGGAUUAGAAAACUUUCAGAAGUGUCAGAGAACAGCGAUUCGUCACAGUCGCCUCUGAUGCAAAAAGAUUACCUACAAAACAAGAACCCUACUUACGCCAUGAAAGAAGUUCUGGCCGCAUUCAGGAAGAAGGCACUCGGCAAAGAUAAAAGUACAAAAGAACACGAUCAUACGACUCAUUUAGACGGAUACACGCCGGCCAUGGUCAAAAUAUACAGAAUGAAAGAAAGAAGAGAAGCGAAAGAGAAAAUCGAAGUAUUAAAACAGCAGAAUGGUUUUAAGAGAGAGACUGAAAUUGAACCUAGAUGUACAAGAUCAACUAGAUCCAAACAGAAGCCGGAAUUAGUUCUGACGACACGAUGCACCCGACAAAAGGCUAGCAGCACAGAUGAGAAAGAAGUAGAAUUAGAAUGUAAGAGUAAUCAACAAUCGAAACUUAAGAAAAGAGUUGCAGGUAAGAAGAUUAAAAAAGAAGUGAAGAUCACUGAAGGUGUCAAGCCAGCUAAUAAAUCGAAAUCAUCAAGAAGAUCCAGUACGUAUUCCAUUCCUAAUAGAAGGAGAUUGCGAAGUAGUAAACGCGUGAAAUAAAUAAAAGAAAACUACAAUAAAUCUUUCGUUGGGAAAUAACCAAUAAGAACUAUUGACAGCUUAAAAAAAAACUUGUCAAAAAAUAUACAUUUUAUUAAUACAUUUGUAUUAAACUUGUGUGUUUAAAAAUAUCGUACCUUCAGUAUUGAAUGUAGCGUUGUUUUCAUAAAUACCCUCAGAUUGUAAAAAUAGUAAUGAUUAAAAGAAAAAAGUGUAUGCCUUUACCCCUUUUAUACAAAUUAUUAUUUAAAAAAAA